CAUUUUCAUAAAUCAUUUUUGCAGUGUACAUUGCGUGAUUCGUUGUGCAACAGAGAGAUUGGUGAAAACGAUUUGGCAUUGAUUGAAAUACCAUAAUAACUUGGCAAAAUGAUGAAAUUGUCCAUUUGUUGGAUGCUUUUGCUGUUUGCGGCCCACUGUGCGUAUGCGCAGUAUCAGGACUACACCACGCCUGUGCCCAUCCUCAAACAGAUCGACAAGCACAACGAUGAUGGGUCGUACACUUAUGGAUACGAGGCAGCCGACAAGAGCUUCAAGAUCGAGACCAAGUACGCCAACGGAGAGGUGUACGGCAAGUACGGCUACGUGGAUGACCAGGGAAAGGUUAGAGAGAUCGAGUACGGGGCAAGUAAGCGUGGCUUUGAGCCCGCGGGCAGCCACAUCAAUGUCCCGCCACCGACGCUGAGCAACACCAAUCCGUACCCACUGGGCCCCAACGAGAUCGACGACGGGCAGUACAGGGAGGAUCCAGCCGUCUAUUACAAGGACCAGAAGUACAACCGCCCCAUUGCAGCCAGCAAGUUCUCUCUGGGCGACUUUGGGCGUGGCCAGCAGCAGCAGCCGUCCUAUGCUCCAGCGCCGCAGCCUGCUCCCCAACGCCCGUACUACAAUCCCACCCCGCAGUACUAUAAUCCGCCCGCACCGCAGCCACGCUACUACCAGCCCCCGGCGCCAGCCCAGAACUACUACGGCCAACAGCAACAGCCGCAGCAGUUCCAUCCAGCGCUGCGUAAUCUGAACCUUAACACGGGAUCCUACAGCAUCGAUUACACGGGCAGGAAGUAGACGGAUCGGGGGAUCAGGACAGCAUCAGAGAGAUAGCGACUGAAGUGUCCGAGGACCAUGUCAACUUUUCAUACUGCCAAAAAAAUCAGUCACUCCGAAUAUCCCACACAUCGGUUACUACUAAAAUAUACUAAAUAAAUGUAUGUCCUUGUAAAUGUGUAAUAAACUGACUUUCGAGAGCCGAAGCGUUGAAGAAGUACGAUCA